CCGGCCUCCCCCCGCCGCGGGGCCGCCCCCCCCCGUGACGAGGCCGGACGUCAGCGCGCCGGGCGGGAGCGGGGCGGUGGCGGCGGCGCGGGCACGGCGGGCGCUGCCCGGGAAGCCAAGAUGCCACCGUCCCUCCCUGCCACCAUCAACAUCCGGGAGCCCCGCUGGGACCAGAGCACCUUCCAGGGCCGGGCCAAGCACUUCUUCAUGGUGACCGACCCCCGGAACCUGCUGCUCUCGGGGACCACGCUGGAGGAGGCCCGCCGGGUGGUGGAAGAAUACAGGGCGGGCACGGUACCCCCAGGUCUAACGGAGGACCAGCUGUGGCGGGCAAAGUACAUUUAUGACUCGGCUUUCCAUCCUGACACGGGCGAGAAGAUGCUCCUCGUGGGACGCAUGUCUGCCCAGGUCCCCAUGAACAUGACGAUCACUGGUUGCAUGUUGACCUUCUACAGGACCACGCCGGCCGUGCUGUUCUGGCAGUGGGUCAACCAGUCCUUCAACGCCAUCGUCAACUACACCAACCGCAGCGGGGAUGCACCCAUCACCCCCACCCAGUUGGGGACAGCCUAUGUGAGUGCGACCACGGGGGCAGUUGUCACAGCGCUGGGGCUCAAAUCUCUCACCAAGCACUUGCCAGCCAUCAUCGGCCGGUACGUGCCUUUCGCAGCCGUGGCUGCUGCCAACUGCAUCAACAUCCCACUGAUGAGGCAGAGAGAGCUCAAGCUGGGGAUCCCCGUCACGGAUGAGAAUGGGAACCGUCUAGGAGAGUCCACAGCUGCAGCGCAGAAGGCCAUUUUCCAGGUGGUGGUGUCCCGCAUCGGCAUGGCAGCCCCUGCCAUGGCCAUCCCGCCAGUGAUCAUGAACGCCCUGGAGAAGAGAGCUUUCCUGAAGCGGUACCCGUACCUGAACGCUCCUCUGCAGGUCGGCCUGGUGGGACUCUGCUUGGUGUUCGCAACCCCGCUGUGCUGCGCGCUCUUCCCGCAGAAAAGCUCGAUGCCCGUGAGCCGUCUGGAGCCUGAAGUUCAAGCUCGGAUCCGGGAGAAAGACCCACAGCUGGAGACCAUCUACUUCAACAAAGGGCUCUGAACAGGGGUCCUGGGGCAGCUGAGAUGCGUGCUGCGGAGCCACCAGGCCAGCGCAUCGCUGAGCUUUGCCCCUCAGAUCCCUUCGGGGCUGAUGCCGCUUUCCCUUGGCUGUCGUGUGUCCGUAGGUUCCAGGCACUCAGCCCCGCUUCCCGGGAUGCCUGCAGCCAUGCAGCACUGCUCUGCGCCAAACCCUGUCCCCACACCUGGGCUUAGCCCUGCUCCGGGGACCUCCUGGCUGGCACCCCUGUGUGUUUCUCCUGUGCUCACCCUGCGUGUGCCCAUAGCUGUGUGCAGUGCACGGGGGAGCGUAGGCAGUGGCACCAGGGACCUUGCGAUGUGGGGUGGGGAAGAAAAUGGUGCUCCUUAGCUCUAGGCAGACAAUCAUGGUGUUUGAGGGUUGAACCUGUCUGCAGGCACCCCACAUUCCCCAGUGGUUCAUCAGCUGGUGCCUGGGGAUGGCAGAGCAGCUUUCGGAGAAGAAAACGCCCCGUACCCAAAAUAGCCGUGGGUGAGUGAUUUCAAGCGCACACAGCAGCUCAAACCCAGGAAGGGCUCUCCCAGCCCGGAUGUGUGCUCUCAGCUCACCCUCUGCUCUCCUCUGGGCUGCUCCAGGGAUUUAAUCUGGCUUUCUGCUCCUUCCAUCUCCAGAGCAAAUGACACAUUUUAAUCCCAGCAGAGCGUCCCCCUUUUUAUUCUCAUUUUAAUGCCAUCUCUCUUCAGGGCUGGGCUCCCCCCAGGGGGUCACUCUACCCCUCCUGGAGUGCUUGCUUUCAGGUGGACCUUCUCAAAUAGCUUUAAGUGCACUGUGGUUUCCUCUAGUUAUUUUUGAUAUACAUAUAAUGUACCUAUAUAUACCAAAUAAUAAAGGCAGGUUGUUUAUAAUAAACCAAAAGCAAAGA